CCUGCCGGCUCUUAGAGUCUCUGGAACCCCAAGGAUGCGAGUCGUGAUGCGCGGGGCCCCCUGCUGCCUUCGGGCGGCCCUGGCCGUGACCCUGACCCGGGCGGGCUCCCACUCCCUGAGGUAUGUCUACACGUCCGUGUCCCGGCCCGGCCGCGGGGACCCCCGCUUCAUCGCCGUCGGCUACGUGGACGACACGCAGUUCGUGCGGUUCGACAGCGACGCGGCCACUGGGAGGACGGAGCCGCGGGCGCCGUGGGUGGAGCAGGAGGGGCCGGAGUAUUGGGACCGGGAGACGCGGAUCUUCAAGGAGACCGCACAGGUGUACCGAGUGGACCUGGACACCCUGCGCGGCUACUACAACCAGAGCGAGGCCGGGCCAGGGUCUCACACCAUCCAGACCAUGUACGGCUGUGACCUGGGGCCGGACGGGCGCCUCCUCCGCGGGUACAUGCAGGACGCCUACGACGGCGCCGAUUACAUCGCCCUGAACGAGGACCUGCGCUCCUGGACCGCGGCGGACACGGCGGCGCAGAUCACCCGGCGCAAGUGGGAGGCGGCAGGUGAUGCAGAGCACCUGAGGAACUACCUGGAGAUGACGUGCGUGGAGGGGCUGCGGAGGUACCUGGAGAUGGGGAAGGAGACGCUGUUGCGCGCAGAUCCCCCAAAGGCACUCUCACCCACCACCCCUUCUCUGACUGUGAGGUCACCCUGCGGAGAUCACCCUGACCUGCCAAGUGGGAUGGGGAGGACCAGACCCAGGACACAGACCUUGUGGAGACCAGGCCUGCAGGAGAUGGGACCUUCCAGAAGUGGGUGGCUGUGGUGGUGCCCUCUGGACAGGAGCAGAGAUACACGUGCCACAUGCAGCAUGAGGGGCUGGCGGAGCCUGUCACCCGGAGAUGGGAGUCCCCUCCUCGGCUCACCAUCCCCAUCAUGGGCAUCGUUGCUGGUCUGCUUGUCUUUGUGGUUUCUGGUGCUAUGGUGGCUGGAGCUGUCCUGUGGAGGAAGUAGAUCUCAGGUACGGAGGGGAUGCUCUGAGUUUUCUCAGUGUUUCAAGCCCAGGUAGAAGUUUGUCCUAUCUCAUUUAGGGGAAGUGCUACCCGCACACAUGUGCUUGUCCACUCCAUUGUGCAACUCAUUGCUACAUUCACUGUGUAGUAAAGCACAUGUGAGAGUGAAGGACAAACUCAUCCCUCCUGUUGAAUGUGGUGAUGGAAUCUGAUCUCCAGUGGUCACAGGUCAGAGAGCAAGGUCCUUGCUGAGGACAGACUCCAGGAGAAUGGUUGGUCUCAUCCUGCUAUCUUUUUUCUUCAUGUCCCUGAUUCUUCCAUAGGUCUAUAGUUAAAGUUUUGGAAACUUCCGUGUGGUCCAGGCUAUGAGUUUCACCUAGGAUCUCAGGCCAUGCCUUCUCCAUGGCAUCUCAUGUGAUGUUUUCUUUCCACAGGUGGAAGAAGGAUUAUGCUGAGGCUGCACAUGAGUAUGGAGGGGGUGAUCCCUGAAACCCCGGGGUGGUAUAGACAGGACCCCAUGGGGAGCUUGGCACCCCCCCCCCACUAGCUCCUCCUUUGGUCUCAUCUCCUCUGGCUCUGACCACAUUCUAUCUGUUCUGCCCCAGGCAGUGACAGUGCCCAGGGCUCUCUCUCUGCUUCUACUGGUGAGACCUUGGAGGGCCUGAAGGGGGGAGUGGGG